AUGCGUUUCCUGGCUGGGUCUGGUCAGAGUGGCUGGUCGGCCUUGCUCAACGAAACUUUGCCUAUGGCCCGACUACUCUGGCGUCUGGCGUCUGGAGUCUGCCUCUGCCUCUCGCCCUCUGCUGGCUCUGCUGGCUCUGCUGGUGGCGGUCCUGGCGGCCAGAGGGAGGAUUCCGACUCCCGGUACCCCGUGCGCACCCAGCUGCGGCGCUGA